GUUGCUGCUAAUCUUUGGAGAAUAAACUCAGCAGAAACAACGGCGUUAUUCCCCAUUUUGUAUGGAAUUGCCACAGAUCAGCAGAUCCACAAAUCCCCCGAAAGGGGCAUAAAUAGCUCUCAGGCAGCCGCUGGACCGCUUGACCACUUGCAAACGCUCCAGCACCCACGGCCCAGGAAAAACAACACCAGGAAUAAUGACAGAGCAAUACAGCCCUCCAGAAGAAAUGGCAACUCCAGAGAGUCCAGAUGAGACAGGGCCCAAUUAUAAGGUGACUCUUUAUGAGCUGGAGAAUUUCCAAGGCCGGAAAUGGGAGCUGACGGAUGAGAGUCCCAACGUAACGGAGAAGGCGAUCGACAAAGUGGGCUCCAUCCAUGUCGAAGCUGGACCGUGGGUGGGAUUUGAGCGCCAGGCGUUUGGGGGAGCGCAGUUUGUGCUGGAGGUGGGGGCGUUCCCACGCUGGGACUCCUGGUCCAAUGGACACGCCGGAGGAGGCACACUCCUCUCCAUCCGACCGCUCCUCAUUGAUGGGGCAGACCACAAGAUCCACCUGUUUGAGGGGGCGGGGUACGGCGGGCGGAAGAUGGAGAUUGUGGAGGACGACGUUCCCAGCCUCUGGGCACAUGGAUUCCAUGACCGCGUUGCCAGCGUCAAGGCCCUACAUGGCAUCUGGGUAGGCUAUGAGUUCCCUGGCUACCGUGGGCGGCAGUACGUCUUUGAGAAGGGCGAGUACCGCCAUUGGAAUGAGUGGGAUGCCAGCCAGCCCUUGAUGCAGUCCAUGCGCCGUGUGCGAGACAAGCAGUGGCACAAGCGCGGCUGUUUCGAGGAGAGCUAGGAAACCCACACCACUGAAGUCCAAGAAAUAUUAUAUCAAUCAUUAUCAUUAUCAUCAUAUCCAAAAAGGAAGACAACUAUCUGCCUGCUUUCGAUCGGAAGGGUGGUGCUUUUCCUUUUGUCACCUGUGUAUACAUAAUAAGGAAUAACUAUUAGUAGUAAUAAUCAACCUAUUAACACUCUCAAUAAA